AUGGCUCAACCCACUUCAGCCGCUAACUCACCUACCAACGGUGCCACCACACCGGACGUUUCGUCAACCGCUGCACUGGCUGCUUCAAUGUUUGCACUUUCCAGUUCAGUUUCACCACCGUUAUCACCCAUCAAGUCCACACUCGGCAAGCGUACACGUCUCAUGCACUCACAAGAUGAGGAGGAUCUCAAUGAUGAUGUUGAUGAGUUACCAGUGGCCUCCGACAAUGAAACCACCGAUGCCACGAGGAAUGUGAUGCGCCCACCGGUGGCACCAAGUCAGCCGGUGCAGCAUAUUUUGACUUCAAAUACUUUGACUGCCACUCUUGGUGGCCAGUCCUUGAAGCAGCUUGCCAAGAAGCUCGUGAAGAAGACCAAACUCGGCCAAGACCAGCUGACUGAAGUUGAUGUGUUCACGUCCUCCGUGCUGAAUGCUGAGCAGAACUUGCAUCUGUUCAUCAAACUCGAAGAGGUCCAGCGUGAGGUGUCAGAGCUGCGCAAGUCCCAGGCUGAAUACCGGGUGUCGGAAUCUCUCAGUAAAAAUAUCCAGAAAAUCUCGACGGCCGUGCUCCUCUCUGUGAACCUCGCAGGCUACAUGGAUGCCGCUGCAGUCGGACCGGUGCAGGAGCGGUUGAAGUGCGACCGUUUUGACAUGCCGGAUAAUAUUGAGCACAACCCAGCUGACUGGGGAAAGGUCAAGACCGUGAUUCAGUACCAUCAGACUCAACUUCGCUCUGCGUGGAAGAAGGGGAUUGGCGAGAGCGUCACCCAUGAGGAUCCUAAAGAACAUACCGACAUCUUCACACUGACUACGACAAUCGCCAAUGGUAACUGCACUGUGACCAUUGGUCUGUGUGCCCGCGUGGCAUUGAUGGCGAGUCGCGACAUCUUCUGCCAACGUGCUUACAGUGAGAAAACCUACUGGCGCAAGGUUAACGAACGUGUGGCAUUCAUCCGCCAGACAGCCAACGAAGACCAGAAAGCAGUCAAUAGGGCAAUGCGGCACAUUCUCAAGAAUGAUCGCAACCAGCAUGGUCAGUGCAGCGAGAAGAUCAAGGUUACAGAGCAACCCAACAAUUCGUUCCAGGCCAGUAUUGACAGUUGUGUCGCCGCCGUGUGA